CUUAAAAAUAAAAGCUAUAGAGUACUAAAACAGCGGCUUUCCGUUCGUGCCCUCCCCUUCAGCUCAUAUUUGAUAUUUCUGCAAUUGGGUUUGGCGGAUCAUUUCACCAGAGAAACGCGGCUUUCGUGGUGGGGUUGUAGCUAUGGCUACACCUGGAUCGGUCCAGAAAUCGGAGGAGUAGCAGGUCAUUCUCUCGCCCGGGCAGUUUCGGGUGUCAGAGAAGAAGAUGGAUAAGACUUGGAUGACAAAGUCUAGGGGUACGAGGGAAUAUAGAGAUGGGUGUUGAUUGUUUGUUGACUUCGCAGUUAGUAACUGCAGAAUCCCCAAUAAAAAUAUACACUACCCUUAUAAGUCGUGUCGAAAUAACUAGUGUCACCAGCCCGAUGUCGUACUUGCCCACUUGAUAGGGGGUAAGGGAAUAAUGACUACAUACACUACAUGGUUUUGGCAUGGUGAGAAGCAUGUUCGGGGUCCUGUUGCAGGUUCUUACUCGAAUCGCUCAGCCGCAUAUGCGGCUAGUGGAAGCACAGAACAAGGCGGCGACAUGCACUCAAUAUUGCGUGAUGCAUUUGGCAUGCACGAAGUUAGAGAAGACAAUUGUGAGCCUGAAGUCGUAGUUCAAGGAGGUGAAGAAAUUGGGUGGAAUGAAGAAUCAGCUGAAGGGAAUGCUCAGAAGUACUACGACAUGCUUAAAAAGUCAGAGAAGCCACUUCAUGGGGGUACUAAACAUAGCAAGCUGAGUGCUACUGUACAUUUGUACAACUUGAAGUGCGUAGGCGGAAUUAGCAACAAAAGUUAUGCGCGGUUGUCACACGAAGAUACUGUCAAUGAUGGCACUCCUCCUACGCGAGCACAAUCGUACAUAAAAACUUACACGAGGAAGGAUGGAAGCUAUCCAAAUGAUAUAAUAAAAGAGAGAUGUGAGAGGAUGGUGAUGCUAAUGCCAACCGACUUUGCCGAAUCGUCAAGCAUAACACAAGGAACAGUACGCUGGAGACAUGACGAUGCGUACGCUCAGGCGCUCGGUAAUAAGCUGGAUUACGCCGGCAGAGUUCGGCAGGUUGGGCCAAAUAUUUGGCCUGUGCGGGGGUCCAUACGCUCAUACCAUACACCAUCACAACCACAUUCACAAAAUCGAGGGCACGCCGUCUUUUCACAAGAAAUGUUUGCUUCUGAGAUGGAGAGAACACUUGAGGUUGAGCGGACACGACACACUUCUGAGAUGGAGAGAGCACUCGAGGCUGAGCGAGCACGACAAGCUUCUGAGAUCGAGAGAGUACUUGAGGGUGAGCGGGCACAACACAAGUUACAAAUGGAUGAGGUGUUGGCAGCACAAUCUCAGAUUAUGUUCCGUUUUAGCCAAAUGGAGUCAUUGUGGCGCCAGUCAGUAUCCGUGCCCGGAGUGUCUAAUGAUAACGUAGUGCCAGACAAAAAUUCCGCAUAUUAUAUGAAUAUAUCAUCUGUUGAUAGCAGAUCAGAUCAUACGGAAAAUACUGUGCAGUUACCCGAUCAUGAAAAUCUUGCUGAUGAUUGAUAUUGGGUAACAUUUAGGUUUAGUUUAAUUGACAAAUAUGUACUUGCCUUUUUUGUUCUGGUUUUGUUAUCAAUCUAUGACAAAGAUUGAUUGUAUAUUUUGUUUGUUGAAACCUUUGUUUUGAUUGUUAUGAAUUUAUGACAUAUGUUUAUUGAAACUUUUGGAAUAA